AUGGCCGGGCUUGUUGGGUAUGCAAGCUCUGAUGAUGAAGGGGAAGAUGAACAGCCUCGAUUGCAGCAGGAGGCUGCUCAGGUAUUUAUACAUGUCGCUUACUCUGAUCACCAACCGCCACAACCUUCCAUCGGCCCUGUCCUCCAGAGUGCUGUUCCUCUGGGUCCAUCUCUUCCACCAGCCGACGCCUCCAUCACAAAUGCCCUCCCAGACCCGGAUGAAUCUCAAGAACCGCCUGCAUCUCCAUACUCCGCAAACCGCGCUUUAAUACACGACCUCACCCUCCCCUCCGUGCCUAAUCUUGAUAUCCCGCCUUCGCCACCAGGAUCUCCUCCGCUAGGGGCCAACAAGAAAGUCGAUCAGUUUCUGCAACUCAAGAAAAAAGGCGUACACUUUAAUUCCAAGCUUGAGCAAUCUACUGCAUUAAGAAACCCGUCAUUAAUGGAUAAGCUCCUGGAUUUUGUCGGUAUUGAUGAAGUGGGCCAGUACGAGACGACGCUCCCAAAAGAGUUGUGGGAUCCAAGAGGAUUUCCGGAAUGGGCAUUCAGGGACAAGCUGAGCAAGAGCAGGGAAAAGAUUGCCAAAGAGAAGGAGGCAGACAGGGCCGGUGGUGGUCGAACAGCCAUUGAUUUUGUUUCGUCAAAUUCUUCAUCCACCGGAGCUGCUGCUGGCGUGUCGGGAGGGCUAAACAGCAGGGGCGAAAAACGCAAAGGAGGCUGGAAAUGACGACUUAUGAAUAGGUAUACAUAUAGCGACGGCAUGGAUACAAACGAGCAAAGAUGGAUGCAAGGAAUUUAUUGAACAACUAAAGCAAAAGCAUAUAACCUGCUUGGCAGAUUAUACAGACAUACUAGGGCUGGAUAAACCCCUUAUUAAUAAAUUGCGUGGCCAUGGGCGGCCCUACACUACCGUAAUACAAACAUCUACAUCGAGGUAUCAUGAAUCAAAUGCGUUGCGGCUGAGGACUUCAUAACACGUCUUCUUGUUCGUUCCCAUUCCUUAAAAUAAUCACUCAGAGAGUGAAGUGGUAUAUGCAACCCAGCACCGAGGACACGCAAUAGCAAACAUCAUCCACAGUAAAAGAAGAAAUAUUUUUGUACCGACAAAAAUUGAAACCAAAAUCCCCUCCGUUCCUUCCACCAGACACCAUCUCUAGGCACAAUUAUAAUAUAGAAUAAAAGGAUGUCGUGAAUAAGUUGUGUGUUUGAGCAAUCCGCUCAACUCAACCACUGGCACUGAAAUUUUUUUUGGAAUUCUCAGUUUUAGCUAGACUUGGGGCAGCUGACAGUAGUGCCUAGCGAGUUCUUGAUAAUGCUGCCAAUGUCCAUGGGGACAGUCUCGUUGUUGGCAGACAAGCCGUCAAGGAAGUACUGGAGUGUCUGGCCAUCGCGGACAACAGCGGAGCCUCGGAGCUUGACGGGGAUGAUUCCAGUCUUGCAGUACUUGGCACUUUGAACUUCCUGAAGAACAGAAAGCUGGUCGAGGUCGGCGGUGAUGGGGACCUUGUUGCUGCCAGGGACAAGGAGAAGGUUGGGGAUGGUGAGAUUACCAAUGUUGGUGUUGUCAAUAAAGUUGGUAAAGGUGGCGUUGCC